UAAGGCAGGCCAAGACAAGCCAGGCCAGCGAGAGUUGUUUCUUGCAGCCUCUCUUCUCUUUCGUAUAAGAUUGAUCAAAUUGAGUUGCUCAGAUCGUAAGUGUGCCAGGUUUUUUGGACUAACAAGUGUCUGCAAUGGAUACAGCUCUCAUGACGGAGUUUCUCAGGAAGUCCGGGGGUGCUGCCGUUAUCGACGGCGGACUCGCCACAGAGCUCGAACGCCAUGGCGCGGACCUCAACGAUCCUCUCUGGAGCGCCAAAUGCCUUCUCACUUCCCCUCACCUUAUUCGCGGGGUUCACCUUGACUAUCUAGAAGCUGGCGCAGAUAUUAUAAUCACAGCAUCUUAUCAGGCCACAAUUCAGGGUUUUAAAGCCAGGGGCUAUUCGAAGGAAGAAGGCGAAACCCUGCUCAAGAAAAGUGUUGAAAUUGCCCUUGAGGCUCGUGAUAUCUAUAAUGAAAAGUGUGCAAGCUGUCCUGGUGACAUUGUAGACAAUAUAAUUCUCAAGCAUCGGCCAAUCUUAGUUGCAGCAUCUGUUGGAAGCUAUGGUGCUUACUUGGCCGAUGGGUCUGAGUACAGUGGAAAUUAUGGUGAUGCUAUUACGCUAAAAGUUCUGAAAGAUUUUCACCGAAGGAGGGUCCAAGUCUUAGCUGAAGCAUGUCCUGACCUGAUUGCUUUUGAAACAAUUCCAAAUAAAUUAGAAGCUCAGGCUUUUGCUGAACUCAUGGAGGAAGAGAACAUUAGAAUUCCUGCAUGGUUUUCCUUCAACUCUAAAGAUGGUGUCAAUGUGGUUAGUGGUGACUCAUUUGUAGAAUGUGCGUCAAUUGCUGAAUCAUGCAGUAAAGUUGUUGCCAUUGGAAUCAACUGUACUCCUCCAAGAUUUAUUCAUGGACUGAUAUCAUCUAUUACUAAGGUGACUACAAAGCCAAUACUUGUAUAUCCAAAUAGUGGUGAAAGUUAUGAUCCAAUUAUAAAGGAGUGGGUGCAAAAUACAGGAGUUUCCGACGACGAUUUUGUUUCAUAUGUAAACAAAUGGAUCGAUGUAGGAGCUUCUCUUGUGGGAGGCUGUUGCAGAACAACUCCAGAGACUAUCCGCGGGAUCUACCGAUCUUUUUCUAGUAAACGAGGGCUUAAACAGAGCGACACCAUUUCAACUUGAAGAAGUAGAGACGAGCGGCAAGGACUUUCUGCUGGAAGCAAAGCUGUUGAGAAGUAAAAAAUGUCCUGUUUGGGUUGGAAGUUGUGGCAGGAAACAUGAUAGAAGAAGCUGAGGUAUUAAUGAAUCUGCCAUAAGCAAAUGGGCAUUACCCGCUUGUAUCAAAUUUUGAAGCCAACGCAAUAUGAAUUGGAUACAUUUUGUUUCCUUUCUAAGUCUUUAUUACUGUUGUAACCAAUAACAAUAUUAUCUAAAUUUUCUUAAAUUGUUAUAUCAUAUGACUAUAAUUUAUCA